AUGACGGUUGGUAAACUUAUUAGUUGUAUGAUUAGUUACACUAAAGUUUGCAUUUGUAUCUCAUUGAGCUGAAUAAAUUGCACCUCGACAUUUCAGUCAUUGAAUAUUAGGAAUAAGCGGGGAUGUAGGAAUACAAUUGUUGAUUGCAGAUUGUGUAAACAGGGAUAUCGUAAUGACAUUACUAUCAAUUAUGGAUCCGGAAGGAGCAAAAUCUAGGAAAGGUCGACGACUGAAGCGCAGAGUUUAUGUAAACAAGGGUCCAAAUUAUGUUUGGCAUACAGAUGGCUAUGACAAGAUUAGUUCUAUUGGGAUUUACAUACACGGUUGUAUUGAUGGGUAUUCCAGAAAGAUCUUGUGGAUGAAGAUCUCCCCCACAAACAAGGAUCCAAGUGUUGUUGCUAAAUAUUGUCUUGAUGUUGUUAGAGAUAUUGGAGGAUGCCCUAGAGUGCUUAGAUCAGAUCAUGGCACUGAGAAUUGUCAUCUAGCUACUGCACAAAUUACUUUUCGCUUCUAUGGUACUGAUGCUUUACCUGCUAACGGAAGCUUUCGUUAUGGAAAUCUACUACAAACACAGUAUUUGGAGCAAGUGUUUAGAAUAACUGCUAAUGUUUCUGUUUGAUAUCUGUGUAUGAAGAGAAUAGAAGGAUUAUGGUCCCAGCUGCGAACGCAAAUGACUGACAAGUGGAUACUAUUGUUUCAGCAACUGUCGGAAGAAGGUUGGAUAUACUCAAAUGAUAACACAAAAAUGACAUGUUUUUGGUUUGUGUUCACUCAAGCUAUGGAGGCAGAGUUAGACUAUUUUACUCAUUGGUGGCAUACGCAUCACAUGCAAAAAAACACACACAGCUAGCUGUCCUGGUGGAGUACCAGAAG